AUGGCAUCCAUGAACCAAGUUCUUACUGAAUAUGCCACUCGCCGCGCGACACUAGAAGCCAGUAAAAACCCCUACGCCAAGGGAAUCGCCUGGGUUGAAGGGCAACUCGUCCCCCUCAGGGAGGCCCGCAUCCCCCUAAUUGAUCAAGGCUUUUUACGCAGUGAUUUAACCUACGAUGUCAUCUCCGUCUGGGAUGGCUGGUUCUUUCGCCUAGAUGACCACCUUUCCCGACUUGAAUUGGCCUGCGCGAAAUCGCGUCUCAAGUUGCCCAUUUCCCGCGAUGAAGUGAAACAAUCCCUGGUUAGGAUGGUCGCUCAAAGUGGUAUUCGAGAUGCAUAUGUGGCUUUGAUUGUGACGCGGGGAUUGCAGAGUGUUCGCGGUGCCAAGCCGGAGGACUUGGUGAACAACCUGUACAUGUUUGUACAACCCUAUGUAUGGGUAAUGGAACCAGAGGUCCAACGGGUCGGUGGAAGUGCUGUUGUUACUCGAACUGUUCGUCGGGUGCCCCCAGGAGCUAUUUAUCCUACUGUAAAGAACCUACAAUGGGGUGACCUGACCCGAGGUAUGCUCGAGGCCGCCGAUCGAGGCUCCAUGUACCCGUUCCUGACGGAUGGAGAUGGCCAUCUCACCGAGGGGUCCGGAUACAAUAUCGUUCUAAUCAAGGCCGGUGCCAUUUAUACGCCUGAUCGCGGCGUGCUGCAUGGUGUCACCAGGACAAGUGUCAUUGAUGUUGCACGAGCUUGUGGUAUCCAAGUUCAUCUCGAAGCUGUGCCGGUGGAGUUGGUAUAUCAGUGUGAUGAGAUAUUCAUGUGCACAACAGCAGGUGGAAUCAUGCCCAUCACUGAGCUGGAUGGCAAGCCUGUAAAUGGGGGGCGGAUUGGUCCGAUCACGAAGAAGAUCUGGGACGGGUAUUGGGGUAUGCAUUAUGAUCCAGCCUACAGCUUCGCAGUUAGUUAUGAUGACGGAUCAAAAGCAAAGCUCUGA